AUGUGGAGGCUGGCAGCUCACAUCCUGCGGGGGACCAAAGUCCACACCGUGCUCCAGGGCAGGUGUGUGCUCGCCGCAGCCACCCUACUGCCGUGCCACUGGCAGGGGACAGCGCGAGGGGCCCACACCAGCGACAUGAGCACAGCAAUACAGAAGGUGGAGGCUCCAGACGCGGAGCACCUCAUCCACGUGCAGUGGGAGGAUGGGAGCGAGAGCCGCUACCCGUGCGUCUGGCUGAGAGACAACUGCCAGUGCCCUGACUGCUUCCUGCGCUCGGCCAAGGCACGCAGGCUGCUCUUCGAGGAACUCGAUGUUGACAUCGUGGCAAAGGAAGUCACUCUGACAGACGGAAAAAAGAUAUCUAUUACGUGGCCCGAUGAACACACAAGCGAAUAUGAAGCUGAGUGGUUGAAAAAACGAUGCUUCUCUGAAGCAGCCAGAGCAGAAAUGCGAGAAGAUUUGUUUUUACCAGAACGUCAGUACUGGGGCUCAGACCUACAGCUUCCCAAAAUACCUUUUGAAGAAAUCUUGUACAAUGAUCGAAGUGCAUACCAGUGGCUGUGCACCCUAAAGAAAGUGGGAAUUGUGCUACUAACAGGAGCUGCUGCUAGGCAGGGGGAGUUGGUUAAGCUUGGCCACAGGAUUGGUUUCCUGCGUCUCACUUUUUAUGGACCGACUUGGCAAGUGCAAGACAAAGCAGAUGCUAACAACGUGGCUUACACGACCGGGAAGCUGUGCUUUCACACCGAUUACCCUGUUCUGCAGCAUCCACCUGGGUACGCAGGCUAAUUCUUGUUAUAAUGAGAUCUUAAUUCGCUACAGGUUCAGUUUCUCCACUGUAUAAAGCAAACAGCUGCAGGAGGUGAGAGUGAAGUUGUAGAUGGAUUUCACGUAUCCAACAAGCUGAAGCAACAAAAUCCUCAAGCAUAUCAGAUCCUGUCCUCUACUGCUGUAGACUAUACGGAUGUCGGGGUCGACUACUGUGAUUUUGCCGUGCAGUGUAAGCAAAGGAUUAUAGAUGUGGAUUACAGAGGCCAAGUAGUUCGCAUCAAUUAUAAUAAUGCAACAAGAGACACAGUGUUUGACAUACCAGCUGAAAAAGUGCGGCCAUUUUAUGCAGCUCUAAAGGAAUUUGAUGAUUUAUUAAACAGCAGAGAACACAAGUUUACUUACAAGCUGAAACCAGGAGACGUAGUAACGUUCGAUAACUGGCGCGUGCUUCAUGGUCGCCAGAGCUUCCAGUCGGGAUUAGAAGUGACUCGCCACCUGGAGGGUGCCUACGCCGACUGGGAUGUGGUCAUGUCAAGGCUCCGGCUCCUCCGAAAGAGGGUCCUGAAUAGGGACUGA